UAAUAAUAAUAAUGAUGAUAAUAUUCUUGCAAUGUCUUCUGUCAUGAGAUUAGGGUUGCAAAAUUCCAGGAAUUUUUAAAAGUGGAAAUUUUCCAUGGGAAUCAAUGAGAAUUAAUGGGAAUAAACUGGAAACUUUAAUAUCACAAUCGUUGGCCAAAACAAUCAGAUUUGAUGCAAAUACAGUUAAAUAUCAAUGUUAUUCCUCAAUCACAGGCUAUUGAAACCACGCCCCCUACAUGCAUUGUGCAUUUAAUCCAUCACAUGACAUGGAUGUAUUACAAGAACUGGAUAAAGCACCUCCCCCUCUGGCUUGCGCCUCAAUUUCCCAGUGGCCACUUGUGGUACUGCAGCAAAAAAUACUUGUGGCCCAAAAAGCAAUUUUCCCAUAGACCACAAUAGUAAAAGAGACGGUUUUAAGAGACAAAAGUUACCAUGGAAACAAAUAAAUGGAUAUAAUCGUGUCUUCUUUGUAUCUUCAAGCAGUUGAUACAACCUGGACUCAUCACCAGUGACGUAACCUGGGUUUUGGGUAUUUUAACAUCAGAUAUUUUACCCAGCCAGGAGCUAGUGUUUAAAGCUACAUUUCCAGCACAUACUAUUAGCUCUUGUGAAAAGUUCAUACUCAAAACCUUAAAAUCUCAAUUGAGUUCAAAAUAUACAGCCUGGAAGCCCUUCAGACCUUCUGAAGUAAUUACUAUGUGGGUCAGCAGAGGGCGCAGUGAGAGAAACUUGACCUUUGUUACGAGGGGUGUCAUGAUUUCGAUUGUUAAUCGAAUAUUGAACAACGCUACGAUUUAAACCUUUGAAAUCAAAAGGUGGAAUGGAGGAUCUAACCACGCCCCCAGUGUGAUGGGAAAAACCACAGUGUUGUCGUUGUAGCCAAUGUAGCACAACGACACGUUAGCUCCUACCGCUAACCUAAAGCUGCUGACAACUAAUAGUAACCAUUUACUUUUUUACUGAUUUGGAGCGACACUGGCAGUGACCCGCUUUUCUGAAAUCACCGGUGUGGAAAUAUUUUGCGUUUUGUGUGCAAACUGUGUCAUGAGCGUUUAGUAAAACACAGGACGUGUCCACAUGCAUCAUAAUGGUGAAGACAUAACUACAGACAGAGAACUUUUCUGUCCUCAUUUGGAGCAAAAACAUCUUCAAAAUUAAACUAGUGCUAAAGCGGUAACUACAAACACACUGGAUCCUCUCGUCCAUCUCGUCAGCCUGAUGGACUCAGGUCUCGGUGGCCGGCAGUCUGUUGAUGUCACAUUUUAGUAUCGGCUCGCUUGGAACCUCGUCAGAGCAUUGCAGCAAAUGUGGCCUAGCCACCUCGACCUUUGGUAUAUCAAUUUUGGUAAAUCUAUGGUUUAUGAAGAUGUGAACCUUAAAUGACCCACAUACAGUAUAAUGCAACAAAUUUGGCCUGGUCAGACUUAAACAUAUCUGGGCCAGGUUUUUCUGGCUGAAUUUUGACUGACCUGUCAAAUAUGAGUGGACCACCAUCAUUUUACACAGGAUGUGAGUCAGAUGAAUUAUCAGGUCUGGGCCACAAAUGUGGGCUAAAAAUAAAUAAUCUUCCAUCUUCAGGACACAAAUGUGGCGGAAAAAUUGACAAUAGUUUGUCACAAUGACGAGAGUUCAUGGCUUGAAUUUGAUUUACUACACAUACGUAUGGUUGUAUGUUGAGUUCGCAACAUAUAACAUACAAGUUCACAUAACGACCGUUGUCGUGUGUGUGAACAGAUUCACUGUGGUACACACGCACACACACACACACGCACACACACACACGAAUAUAAAUGUCGUGUCAACAUCAUCGGCAGACUCAGUCUUUGUUUGACACGACGAGGUUAAAACAGGUGUGAAGAGCAGCUCAACAACACACUCAUGAACCUUUCAAACAUCAGCAGGAACUUCACAGCGCCUGUCAUCAGGGAGACUUUACAAGGAGUCAUCAUCAAGAAUGUGAUCACUGUGGUUCUCUGCAUCUCCAUCAACUAUGUCAACAGCACCCUGGUGCACACAUUCAUAAAACAUCAGGUUUUUAACAUGAACUCUCGCUACAUCCUCUACAUCCAUCUGGUGAUCAACGACAUCAUCCUCCUGACACUGUUCACCCUCAUUCAGGUCGUGGGUUAUAUCGUGUGGACUCUCAACGUCUCCCUCUGUAUGACUCUGGUGCUCGCCGCCGUCUUCGCAACAAUCAACAAUCCUCUAACGCUCGCCGUCAUGGCCGUAGAGUGCUACGUCGCCAUAUGCUUCCCGCUCCGACACACGCAGAUCUGCACGGUGAAGAAAACGUACGCGGUGAUCGGAGUGAUUUGGAUGCUGAGUUCAUUUUAUGUCCUGCCAGAUUUAUUUAUCGCCUUGGCCACAGAGUCUGUGGAAUUCUUUCAUUCCAGACUUGUUUGCCGCACAGAUAACAUUUUCAGAAAUCCCGGUCGCAAAGAGAGGAGAAAAAUAUUCAACAUAGUGUUUUUGAUCGGUGUUUGGCUCACUCUGUUCUACACAUACUUCAGGAUCCUCGUCACGGCACAAGCAGCCGCUACAGACGCCAAGAAGGCGAGGAACACCGUGCUCCUCCACGGCUUCCAGCUGCUGCUGUGUAUGCUCACCUAUGCUUACUACUUGAUGAUUGACGGCCUGUUAUUCUUGUUCCCAAAUGGGAUCAUGGUCAUUCGCUUCGCCGUCUCCAUAUUAAUCCAUAUUCUCCCACGACUCAUCAGUCCGGUGGUUUAUGGGCUGCGAGACAAGACUUUCAGAAAGUACUUGAAAAAUGAUAUGUUCUGUACGACGAGUUCUGACACUCAUCCACAAAAGAAAUCUUAAGAGGCCUUUCCAUCAAGUGGAACAGUUCGGUUUGGUACAGCAUGAUAUGUAUUUGUUUGGGUUUCCAUUAGACCAGACCAGUACCAAAAUAACCAGGACCUACCAUUCCAUUUUUCAUACCCUUUCUUUGGGGUACCAGAGUAAGAUGGUACUGUCAGAGUGACAGUAAACUGUCUCCACAAACGUCACUGACUUGGGAACUAUUCUCAUACAAAGCUUUGACGUCUUGUUGAAACUGAGCAGAAAAAAAGAUGCUGGAUGUCCUCCAUUGUCCAUGUCUCCAUGUCUUUUGCAUCAUGUUUUAUGUUGUCGUUCGAUGUCGUCACAACAGUACGAUGUCAUGCUACGUCGGCCCACACCCCACCUACCAAGUACAGGUACUGUUCUCACUCGAAACACAAGGCUGACCAUUCCAAACUGUACAAAACUACCAAACCAAACUGUAUCACAAUGGAAGCACAACAUAUGAAGUUCUGUUUUUGUUUCUCCUGCUAUACUAGACUAAAGUAUGACAGUUUCUUUGGUAUAAUACCUGUUUUGGGGUCUUUAAACAAAUAAAGGAAGGAAACCA